AUGUCUACAGAACAGCGUACCCCAGAUCGCCCGGCUCUUGGCGAAUCCUGGGUGGUGGCAUCAACUGCUUCUUUGAAGGAAAAAGAAGACCCCGCCAAAACUCCAAAUGCCCGGCAUGAAAGCAACAAAGCAACGACAAAGACAGCUGGCCCGGCAUCAGAGUCGCUGGCAUCCUCAUCCUCAUCAUCAUGGACUAUAUCGGGCCCGGAGCUCAUUAUGCCUUCUAUCUGCGAAACACCCAAUCUAGAAGGGUCAUGGGUAGAAUAUGUACGGAGUCCGAAGCAGCAAGACUCAGAAAGCACGAGAAAACGACGCAAAGUUUCCAUGUCGAACAAUGCAAAGCAGCGAGAGAAGGACCGAGCCGGCGCUAAAGCCGGAGAUACAGACGAACCAGCGUCAGCAGAGACAACCACCAAACAAGCAGGCCUUGUUGUGAAAUCCAAGUCCAUCUUUCUUGGCCAUGCUGCCCUUGUCCGCAAAGCAAUCAACGCGGUCUUGAUCGCCAUCAUCCUGCACCUCCUUGUUCUCCCCGAGGUAGUCUACCAAGCCAAAGACCUCUGUCAAAUCCCAAGCAUCAAGACUCUAUACCCCAACAGCUGCAUUACCUUCCCUGCGACAUACCCACCACGCAGCACCUUCCACCCAUCUGCAACACCCCCAGAAGAAACCUUCGCAACCUCCCAGCGCCAACUGGAAUCCAUAUUCGAUACCGCCCUCGAAACCCUCACACCUCUAUCCGCAAUCCUCAAACAAAGCGAGAGCAUGCUGGCCGACCUAGAAUCACAACUGAAAUCAACCUUCCCAGACGCUCGCAACGCACUGGACCUCGAAUUCACCGGCAGCAACCAAGCGGUGCAAACAGCAGUAUGGGAAUUCGACUCUCUACGUGCAGACCUACGUUCCGCAAUUGACAGCCUCCUCGCCACACGACCAACAACCGAAAUAAGCGGCACAGCAGCACUAGACACACGACUCGCGAUCCAAAUGCGACGACGCGAAGAGUACCUUGACCGACUGCGCUCACAAAUGCGCAGCAAAGCCGACUCGCUCAACACGCGAUUCACAACACUAGACGACCACCUGGAAGCGGUAGACGGGAUCGUAGCACGCGAAGAACGACGAAGUCCAACAUUCCACAAGUACCGCUCUUCGUCCGACGACAGCAGCAGCGACCGACUAUAUUCCGUUCUCGACUCGCUCCCGCUAGGACCGUUCGGGGCAUAUUUGUUCCGGGGACGAUCGUCAGAAGAUGCAUUGACGGAGUCGUCAUCUUCUGUCGUGGCCUCCACUGCAUCCACCCAACCCACUCACGCACCCCGGCCUGCGGCAACCCUUGCUCUACUCCGGGUCGCGGCCACGCACCAUCGUCCCGUUGCUGACUCGGUGUUGCGGUUAUCACGCCAAUUGAGGGAUGUGCGACGUGCGACUGGUUCUGGGUCUGGGUCCACUUGGUGA